GCCUCUCUUCCCAGCCCGGCCAGAGGGAGGAGAGAACCUGGACUCGCCGCGAGCCUUCGAGAGCAGCGGCCGCAGAGGAGGCGGCGGCGGCAGCAGCGGCAGCGGCUCGGGGCCAACGCGGCGCGCAUCCCUGGGCGCCCAGCGCUGCAGAGAGCUCGGCGGACCGCGGCAGGACAAGAGUGGACAAAGCAAGAUGGCAGGGAUCUUAGCCUGGUUCUGGAACGAAAGGUUUUGGCUCCCGCACAAUGUCACCUGGGCGGACCUGAAGAACACGGAGGAAGCCACCUUUCCUCAGGCCGAGGAUCUCUAUCUCGCCUUUCCUCUGGCCUUCUGCAUCUUCAUGGUGCGGCUUAUCUUUGAGAGAUUUGUAGCCAAACCAUGUGCCAUUGCCCUCAACAUUCAGGCCAAUGGACCACAAAUCGCCCAGCCGAAUGCCAUUUUGGAAAAGGUCUUUACUGCAAUUACGAAGCAUCCUGAUGAAAAGAGAUUGGAAGGUCUCUCCAAACAACUGGACUGGGACGUGCGAAGCAUUCAGCGCUGGUUUCGACAAAGACGCAACCAGGAAAAGCCGAGCACUCUUACCAAGUUCUGUGAGAGCAUGUGGAGAUUUUCAUUUUGCCUCUACGUUUUUACCUAUGGAGUUCGGUUCCUGAAAAAGAGUCCCUGGUUGUGGAAUACAAAGCACUGCUGGUACAACUACCCCUAUCAGCCACUCACGACUGACCUUCACUACUAUUACAUCCUGGAGCUGUCGUUUUAUUGGUCUUUAAUGUUUUCCCAGUUCACUGAUAUCAAAAGAAAGGACUUUGGCAUUAUGUUCCUGCACCAUCUUGUAACCAUUUUCUUGAUUACAUUUUCAUAUGUCAACAAUAUGGCCCGGGUAGGGACCCUAGUCCUUUGUCUUCAUGAUUCAGCUGAUGUCCUUCUAGAGGCUGCCAAAAUGGCAAACUAUGCCAAGUUUCAGAAAAUGUGUGAUCUCCUGUUUGUUAUGUUUGCCAUGGUUUUCAUCACCACCCGACUGGGUAUAUUUCCUCUCUGGGUGUUGAAUACCACAUUAUUUGAAAGUUGGGAGAUCGUUGGACCUUACCCUUCCUGGUGGGUUUUUAACCUCCUGCUGUUGCUAAUACAAGGAUUAAACUGCUUCUGGUCUUACUUGAUUGUCAAAAUAGCUUGCAAAGCUGUCUCAAAAGGCAAGGUGUCCAAGGAUGACCGAAGUGACAUUGAGUCCAGCUCAGAUGAGGAUGACUCAGAACCUGCAGGGAAGAACUCGCAUGCUGCAACAACCACCAAUGGGACCAGUGGUACCAACGGGUAUCUCCUGACUGGUCCUUGCCCCAUGGAUGAUUAAUUGUCUGCAACUACAAAUCCCGAACAAAGUGAACUGUUUGUUCCUGGAAGUAUUUAAUAAAAUGCAAAUGCAGUUCCUUUCAUAAUAUCUCAGCACCAGAAACAAAAAUUAGGAUUAUCAAAGCAUUUUUGAAUAGUGCACUGCCAUAUGUCCUAUCUGUGAAUGAAGAAGAAUUACCAUUCUCUACACGUAGGCAUGCUCUAUGUAACUGACACAAGGGAACGGUAUUUGUAUUUGUACUGUCAUGGACUGUUAUUUAUUUUUUUGUAUUUGUUUGUAAAUCUGUGGACAAAAGAGGGUUUCCUCACUCCUUGUGCUCCCUGGGUUCCUGGCAGUGAAGGGAGAUGCUCUGUCUGCUCCUACCCCUUUCUGCUGCUGAAGUCCGAGUGCUAGGGGCAUCAGCUUGAUUUGCCACUUAGAGCAAGCGCAGCUAGUGCUAGAUCCCCACGUAGACUGAACAGCUUUGCUUUCUUUGUGUUACCAUGCCCAUGUUGAAACUGCCCCCAUGUCAGUGGCCGUUCUCCUGGUGUGAAGAUUAAACAGAACGGGUUGGGUUUUUAAAUUGUCACUCUUCAUGACAAUAUGGCAGCUCGAGUGAUAGAUGCCAGUUAUU